CCUAACGUGUGCCUCUCUGCCGCCAGGAUCCUGAGCAUGGCGCUGUGCAGCUGCCUCCUCACCAUCGCGGCCAACGGCACCGAGACGCUGUGGUACCGCACGGCGCCCAUCAACUUCUACACGCUCUUCCCCGUCGCCAUUGCAGCGAUCACCAUCGUGGGCCUGUGCAUCGCGCCGACCUUCCUGAAGAGUCCUGAGAUCGAAGCCGAGGAGGAGAAGCACCUGCUCAAGCUGGGGCUGCCCAGGAAGAAAUGUUGGAACAAGAAGCGGACCUGAUGUUCCAGUGUUGUCAGGUCGGCUGACAGCACCGCCACGGGUGUUGUCAGGCCGACUGCUUCCUUCCUCAGCGUUUUUGAGUCGGCCAGCCCCUCCAGCAGCGUUGUCAACUCGUCGAUCGGCUUAUUCGACUUCGGUGUCGGGUCGACGCAUCCCAUCAGAAGUGCUGUUACCUCGACCUUUUUCGCCAGGAGAGUUAUCGGUUCGACAAGCUAUGCCCGAGGAGUCGCUGAGUCGCACAGUCCUGUCAGGAGAGUCGCCAUCAACUCUUCCAUUUGCAAUUCCGGUUCUAUCAGAAGAGGCGGCGUGUCUGCCGGUCCUGUCGCAAAAUCGAUCGACCUCUUCAACUCAGCCGGGUUGAAGAGGUUCGCGGAUUCGGUGUUCGCGGGCUUCGUCCACCACUGGGGGGCUUCCCGGUCCAGAGUCUCCGGGAGCGACAUCAGCCUGAGUUCAUGUUCCGGUCUCGCCACUCGCCUCGUCGGCGUCGAAGUCGAGGGCGCCAUCGCCUCUGACUCCUCACCCGGGCCUCCCGCCUCCCGCCGCAUCGGGCACUUCUCCGAAAGUUCUCGCGCUCACGCCCAGCUCUGCCGAGUGCUCGACGCGGUCCCUGGCUCACGCGGCCUGGCCAGGUGCUUCCCUUCGCCCGCCUCUUGGCCGCUCGACGCCCCGAAGACUCUGGCGUGGGCCGGGCCGCUCGAGCUGGUCAGAUAACGGUGGCGCCGUGCGAGGAAAGACGAGAAGCGAUACCUUGCUCGCUUGCAGAUUUUUGUUCAGUCGAUGCUGCAGGUUGCUUCCCAGAGAACUUUUAUUUCGAUUCAGCAACUACAGAUACUCGGCUGACCAAUGGCGUGUCUUCAGCAAGGUGCUUUUGAAACUGCGCGCUUCAUAAGGGAUACUUGUUGCGUUGCGUUGUUAGUGCUGGAAGACGGCGCCAUAUUACACCAAGAUUGGCUUCUAGAAAUAAGUAGAGAAAAAAACAAUAAUGCAAUAGAACUACCAAAUCACGAGCGACACCAAGAAAUACGAACUACACCGAGCCUACCGAGCUUUGUGGUUCCCUCAUCGGGUCGAACGUUUCAAAAGAUGAAUACUUCAGCCGGAUUAAUAUGCAAUGAAACCACUCCAAGUAACGUCUUUCCAAGCGUAGCAUUUUACCCCGAGUCUGCAAUGUGUGUGCGAGAAGGCCAGAAGUCGCCUCGUUGUUCCGGGCUGUAUCCAAGGUACAAUUCGUGGCCAAAGUGUAUAAGGGUUGUGUGUCGGCUCGGCGCCACUCUCAGGCAGAUUGCAUGUGUCGACCUGUUCGCUUUUGAUGCAUCAAAAAAGGUAUUUUAUUGUAAUUCAUAGCACCUGUUUCAUACAGAAAGUAUUCCCAUUGUAUGUCAUUUUUUUCUACAUUUUUAUUAAUAAAGUUGUUAAAAUAUGAGUUUCUCAGCAUGUAGGCUAUGAUUUUUUUUAUAACAACAGUGACUAUAAUAGAUGUAUUUUGUAUGUCAAGAGUGAAAAGUUAUCGAUAAACAGCUACCCGUAUAUAUACUGUGAAACAGACUAUGAAUAAAGACAUUCUUUAGCUUUUGUUGGUGGCAGUUUUUGACGCAAAUGGAAGCGAACACUAAGCUUCUGAUUACAAGAUGUGUAAUGACCAUUUAUCUGUGUUGCAGUGGCAUAGCUAGACACUUGGGGGCCCUCGAGGCUAGGUCCUUUCGAGGGCCUGCAAUAUGUUAAUAAGCUAUAUAGAAAGGCCUCAUUUGGGAUACCUUUCACGAGGGCCCGGUGGCAGUGAAAAGUGCCCCCCCCCCUUAGCUGCGCCACUGCAGUGUUGCGAGAGUGUAAAAUACUAUUUAUUUUUUAUCAAAGAUCACCAAAGAUUGUUGACACAGGUCCGUUGAAUUAUUGUUAAGCACAGGUUUACUGUUAUUGACGAAAGUCGCUAAAAGUUUCAUAUUUUUGGCCUUAAUUUAUAAAAAGGUAUAUGAGCACUUCUUAAGAGGUAGUGUAAGUUUCCGUUCAUAUAUCAUAGUGCACAUACAGGCGGUUUUGAGCCAUUAAAAUUAUUAUUGGUAAUGAUGAAAAUAUUCCUUUCUAUGCAUACGUUUACACAGGCGUGUAUA